AUGACCGUCAAACAACAAACGAGCCCAACUCAGAAAGAGCCUUGGCAGAUCAACAGCAGCACCGUAGGACACUACGUCGCCGGUGAAGGAAGUAUCCACAAGCAGCCGCAUCGGACACCUCAGCAGAGGAAGCAGCCGUCGGACGGUGGAAAAUCCAAGGCCACGCAGCAGCACCGGGCCAACAUCGACGCAGCGCAGCAUCAUCGGCGCAUCGCAGCACCAUCAUCGACGCAUCGCAGCAUCAUCGAGGCAUCGCAGCAUCAUCGAGGCAACGCAGCAACAUCGAGGCCACGCAGCCUCAUCCAGACAUUGCAGCAACGAGCAACAGUUCGAAGUUCAGACGUCGGUAGGAUGGCAAACGUACCUGAGACAGUGCCAAUGAAAGCCCUCAGGAGACAAAGAAUCACGAUUAAGGGACAGCUAACGCGGAUAGAGACAUACCUCGAUGAGGGCGAUCAGUUUGACAUUCACGAGUUACAAAUUCGCAAGGAAAAGAUGUUAGAAUUGAAUAAAAACUUUGAAACCGUGCAGACAAACAUAGAAUUAGAGGAUGACAUAUCCGAUCAUGACGCGGAAAGAGAACAAUUCGAGCGGAAAUAUUUUAGAAUCACCAGUAGCAUAAACCGUCGAAUCGAGGGAUUACAAACCCCUAACACAGACGGGGGAUCACAAACCCAUUUUAUAACCACCGAGUUAGCCGACAAAUUGCAAUUACGCAAACACAGCGUCAAUCUAACCUUCUCAGGUAUAGGUCAACAGGCGACCAGGGCGCAACACCUUGUAAAAACAGUAGUCAAGGCGCGAAACGGUACAUUUUCUACCCCCAUUUCAUUUAUUACUGUACCGUUGAUUACCGGGUCACUACCGUCUCGACAAGUCGACAGAACAUCGAUCGAAAUUCCAAAAAACCUCACGUUAGCGGAUCCGACAUUCCAUAAGCCCGGGAAGAUAGACGCAUUAUUAGGUAAUACGUUGUUUUUUAACCUAUUAAGUAAUGGACAAAUCAAAUUAAAUAAUAGUAAAAUCAUCUUACAAAAAACCAGACUAGGUUGGAUAGUUACCGGCGAAUCAGAUCUACAACCAUCGUACAAGAACACAGUAAAGUCAUUUCAUACAACAUCAACAUUAGACAAGACAUUAAACAAAUUCUGGGAAGUAGAAGAAUUCGCGGAUCAGGUAUAUUUAUCGGAAGAAGAAAGGGCUGCGGAAAAUUCGUUUGAACAGGGCACCGUACGAGAAGCGGAUGGGCGGUAUUGUGUAAGAUUACCCUUUAACGAACGCAAACAAUUGUUAGGAAGUUCACGCGAGGCAGCAUUAAAAAGAUUUUACGCAUUAGAACGGAAAUUGCAUUCCGAUCAAGAAUUAUUAGCAGGAUAUCGGGAGUUUUUAAAUGAAUACGAACAAUUAGGACAUAUGACACAGGUCAACGCGGACGAUUCCGCCGAGGGGUUCUACCUGCCGCACCACGCGGUAAUAAAAGAGUCUAGCGAGACUACUAAGAUACGCGUAGUAUUCGACGCCUCAGCGAAAACAUCGACAGGCAUAGCAUUAAACGACACAUUAUUAAAUGGGCCUAUCCUACAGGAUACCCUGUACAAAUUAUUACUUAGAUUUCGUUCGCAUUCCUAUGUUUUAACGGCAGAUAUAGAAAAGAUGUUUCGGCAGAUUAAAAUACAUACAGAGGACAGGAAAUAUCAUAAGAUAUUGUGGCGCGAUUCACGAGACAAACCAAUCAAAACCUACGAACUGAAUACCGUAACAUACGGAACCACGUCAGCUCCAUUUUUAGCCGUGCGUUGUCUACAACAAUUAGCGGUUGACGAACAGGAUAAUUUUCCCGCCGCGGCAGCAAUAUUCAGAACAGAUUUUUAUGUAGAUGAUUUGCUCACCGGAGCAUCUACUCGCGAACAAGCAUUAGUAAUUCGCGAAGAAACCAUAGCGUUAGCAAGGAAAGGCGGGUUUAAUUUAAGACAGUGGGCAUCAAACGAUGAGAGUCUGAUCGAAGAUCUAGCAUUAAUUAAUCAAGAGCGCACUCUGUCCUUAGACACAGACGAAACUAGGAAGGCGUUAGGUAUAGGUUGGAAACCAAGGACGGACGAAAUACGCUACAACAUAAAACUGACCGACGGCAAUCCUCGACCUACGAAACGUACAAUACUUUCACAGAUCGCACAAUUAUUCGACCCGUUAGGGCUAUUAGGACCAGUUAUAGUACGCGCAAAAAUUAUAAUGCAGCUAUUGUGGAAGGCUGACCUAGGUUGGGAUGAGUCUGUGCCUCAAUCUAUCCAUACCAUGUGGUUAGAAUUUACGCAAGAGCUACCACUAUUAAAUAAAUUUUCGACGCCGCGAAAAACGAUUGUUGAUAGCCCAAUAGAAAUACAGAUGCAUGGAUUCUGUGACGCUAGUGAAGCGGCUUACGGCGCGUGCAUUUACUUGAGGUCAAUUGAUAAUCAAGGAAAAUGUAAGGUUAGUUUGUUGUGCGCGAAAUCAAGGGUUGCGCCAGUAAAAACCUUAUCAUUGCCGCGUUUAGAAUUGUGCGCCGCUAAGUUAUUAGCAAAUUUAAUAAGAGAAACCCUUAACGCGAUGACCCACCUCGAAAUUAAAAGGAUCGUGUUAUGGUCGGACUCAACGAUAGCAUUAACUUGGAUUAGAACCUCACCGCAUUUGCUAAAAACAUUCGUUGCCAAUCGGGUAAACGAAAUUCAAGAGCAAACAGAUAUUGAAAAUUGGCGUCAUAUCUCUAGUGUCGAAAAUCCGGCAGAUUUCAUAUCCAGGGGACAGACACCUCUGCUUUUUCUAAAUAACCUAAGAUGGUUAAAGGGGCCGCAGUGGCUUUCACAGGCCGAACGAACUUGGCCAUUUAUUACACUACCUGCAAUAGAAAUACCGGAAACUCGUAGCUUCAAGGUUUUAGUAGCAAGAAUUAAUACAACAGAUUUCGUUGGUAGAUUCUCAACAAUAAAUAGGCUCAACAGGGCACUAGCAUAUAUAUUACGGUUUUAUAAUAAUUGUAAAAGCAAAAACAGAGUUGCGGGCGAAUUGACUAAUUUAGAGAUUUCUAAUGCACAUAUACAUAUAGUUAAAUUAACACAAGCACAAGAGUUUACGCAGGAAUUGAGGGAUUUGAAGGAAGGUAGGGAAAUAAACAAAAGAAGUAAAUUACUUAAUUUAACACCAUUCCUUGACGAGAAGGGUUUAAUUCGAGUCGGCGGCCGAUUAAAACACGCAGCAAUAAACUAUUCAUACAAACAUCCGAUCUUAUUACCACGCAACAAUCACGUUACAGAAUUAAUAAUCAGGCAUGAGCAUUUAAAACAUUGGCAUGCGGGUAUACAAGCCACUUUAAACGCCGUCAGACAAAGAUAUUGGCCAAUAGAUGGAAAAAAUCUUACGCGCAGAUUAAUUCAUAACUGUGUAAAUUGCUUUAAAGCCAAUCCCAAGCUAUCUGAGUAUGUUAUGGGAAAUUUACCGAAAGACCGUGUGACACAAACACGGCCAUUCGAAACCACAGGAGUCGAUUAUUGUGGACCAUUGUUUUUAAAGGAACGAAAACACCGAAACGUUAAGAAAACCAAGGGAUACGUAGUAGUAUUUGUAUGUUUUGCCACAAGGGCUACUCAUUUAGAAUUAGUAACCGAUCUAACCACGGAAGCAUGUAUAGCCGCGAUAAAACGAUUUUUCGCGAGAAGGGGAAAAUCCCGAACUUUAUACUCCGAUAACGGGAGCAAUUUCCUAGGCGCAAAUAACGAAAUUAUUGAAAUAACCGCAUUCGUAAACUCGAACGAUCAUAAAGGAAAAUUAAAACAAUAUUUGAGCAAUGAAGGUGUCAACUGGUCGUUCUCUCCACCCCGUUCGCCUCAUUUCGGGGGUCUAUGGGAAGCCGCAGUGAAGGCCUUUAAAAAACAUUUCAAGGCUACUCUUGGAGAAGCACUGUUCACAUACGAACAAUUGAACAGCAUUAUAAUCGAGAUCGAGGCAAUCCUGAAUUCCCGACCAUUAACACCCAUAUCCUCUGAUCCUAAUGACUAUAUCGCUCUAACACCCGCACACUUCCUAAUUGGUGAUUCGUUACAAACCCUACCGGAAUAUGAAUGGACACAUGUACAAACGAAUAGGCUGUCAUUGUGGCAGCACACUCAGAAAAUUAAGCAACAUUUCUGGAGUAGAUGGCAUCGAGAGUAUUUGCACGAGCUCCAUACCCGAUGUAAAUGGCAUACUGGUAACCAUAAAAAUAUCAAGGAAGGGAUGCUGGUCCUGGUGCAAGAGGACAAUCUACCACCGUUGCAGUGGAAAUUAGGUAGAGUCUUGGAGGUGCACCCAGGAGACGACCACAUAACACGUGUAGUGACAAUAAGGACACCGUUAGGAGUGUAUAAACGCAGUGUGAAGAGACUUGCGCCACUACCAAUAGACUGCAUAUAA